AUGAAUGACGAAGGUGAAUCUUCACAGGUGCCGAAGUUUGAAAAUAAAGAGCAAAAAAUUGAAAUUGAACCUGAACCCCCAAGACCAACUAAACCAUCCAAACCAACUAAACUACCUGAUGACCAAAAAAUAGUAAGUUUUUUGCUAUCACCAGAUAGCAAGUACGCAGUGACACAUAGUAGAAAAGAUUCUGAAGAAUUAAUUUGUGGAUGGCAACUUGACCAAGAUCAACCCGUAAAACAAACAGAAAAUGAAUCAUAUCAACCUAUUUCCUUCAAGCUUGAUUGUUUGAUAAAUAUUAAAGAGUUUAACGUGAAGUACCAGCAAAAAUGUUUAAUUGCAGUUUUAAAUAAUAAACUUGUUGCAAUAGAGGACGGCUGGGACUCCAGAAUAACUGUCUUUAACCUUGCCGUCAAGAAGAAAGUAAACCCAAAAUUAUAUUUAUAUUCAAAUGAUAUACCAGUUAUUAGAGCUGAAUGUUAUAAUAAUGAAGAUUUC